GGAGAGGUUUACAACUUCGAUGUGAAUCGAGACAACAGGAUGCUGUAUCAGGAGAAGCCGCUGAAAAACGUUCCUGGCAGAUAUAGUGUUCGAAGGAAGGGCUCCACCUGUGUGUCUGUGCAGGUUGCAUGUUUCUACAACAUCCCGACACCAAUUAAAGCUUCCAGAACACUUAGCAUUGAAGUGAAGGUGGCAAGAGACUGCAAAGUGCGUGGAGCAGAUCUCAUGUUGAACAUCACUGUGAAGUACAAUGGCGCAAAACCAACUACCAACAUGGUUAUCGUUAACGUUAAACUCCUGUCAGGUUUCACAGCAGAUACCUCACUGCUUGGAUCUCCACUGGAUACAUUUGCUCCAUUAGUGCAGCGGGUUGAUACUGGAGAUGACCAUGUGCUUGUGUAUCUGAAAGAGGUUCCCAAGGGCGUCCCCCAGACUACAACUGAAACAGGUUCUUGCAGUGCAGAAUCUCAAGCCAGCGGUCGUUGAGGUUUAUGACUACUAUCAGCCAAGUGAUGUGUUUGAGACCACAUACAUGCCUCCCUGUCCAUGAUUGUGCUUCAUUUCUGGCUAUAGGAUGCACGAA